UCAAGGACAAAAACUUCCCAACCGCUGCCUCUGCCUCCCUCCAGGCUGACUGAGUGACUGAGCCUCCUUUACUUCCCGCCCUCCUCCCUCCUCUUGCUGUUCCAUGGGUCAGCUGUCUACCAGUACAGACAAGUUGCCUGAAAUCCGAGCUGCCCUGAAUGCGUCUUAGGACUGAAUACGGAAGUGGUUAAAGGCGCUCUCGCGUAAACUCAGUAAAUACUGUGCUUACUGUAAAACAGGUGUUUUAUAAAACAGCAUUUUCCUCUCCAACGCGUCAAAAACCCUGGCCAUGACUCAGAGGGACCUGAAGGAAGCGUUUGUCAGUAAUCUCAAUGGGACCAGUCUACAGGAGGUUGUACUGGGUACAUCUCUCUCACCAGUCUGCCUUCUCAACAGAGGUCUGAUGUUGAUCCUCAUCCAUCAGGUCAAAGGGACUCUUCCACUGCCUCUUCCACAGAUUUCUCACCUGCUCCUAGACUUUUCUGUGCUUAUUCUCCCCCUCGUCGUGUCCUGCACCGUCCUGAGUGACGUUCUUCACCACGUCAUAGUGAUCUUGAUCUUUGUCUCAGCUUGUGUGUUUUGCUACAUCCGCCCUUCUACACAGCACCCAAAGACCAGUGUCAGCACCUUUCUUCAGAAUCAUGUUCAGUUCAACCAGGUUCCCUUUGUGACUGCCUUCAGAGUGUUUAUAAAUGUGAAAACAGCCAUCAGCAUUCUUGCUGUAGACUUCAGUGCCUUCCCAAGGCGAUAUGCUAAAACAGAAACCUAUGGGACAGGGGUUAUGGACUUUGGCGUUGGAGCUUAUGUCUUUGCAAAUGGCCUUGUGUGUCCAGAAGCUCGGAGAAAGAACAUCUCUGGAUCAAAGAUGAAUCAUAUCACGAAGCAGCUUGUGUCCGUCUGGCCCCUGGUUGUUCUUGGUCUGGGAAGGCUGGCCAGUGUCAAAAUGACACAUUACCACGAGCAUGUGACAGAAUAUGGUGUCCACUGGAAUUUCUUCUUCACACUUGCUGUUGUUAGAGUUGUGGCUUCCAUGCUUUUGGCCGUUUUACCAGUCAGUCAGGCGUGGGUCCUUUCCCUUGUGCUUAGUGGGCUUUAUCAGUGCACUCUGGAGACAACAGGGCUAAAGGCGUUCAUUAUGCACAACAACAACAGAGAUAAGGACUUUCUGCAUGCUAACAAGGAGGGCAUAUUCUCUACAGUGGGCUAUGUUGCCAUCUACAUGGCAGGUGUUCAAGUUGGACUUUAUGUGAUGCAGCUGAGAUCCCACAUUAAAGAGUGGCUUAAAGCAAUUUUAAGUCUCCUAUUUGUUAGUUUUGUGCUGUAUGCUGCUUUGUACAUGUGUCAGACACUGGUGGUGCCAGUGUCUCGCAGAUUAGCUAAUUUACCAUUCUGUCUCUGGAGUGUUGCACAGUCUUUGUUUUUCCUUUCCUGCCUUGGUUUAGUUGAUAUGGUUUUACUGUUCUCCAAAACAAUAUCAGGUUGUCAUUUUGUGACCUCAUCGUGGAGCUUGCAUAAAAAACACCCAAACUCUGACGGAAAGACUGUCGUCAUCGAAAGAUUCUGUUUGGUUCAAGCUGUUGCCAGGAAUCAGCUGUUAUUUUUCCUGCUUGCAAAUGUCAUGACAGGACUGACCAACUCAGUCGUGGACACGCUUCAUUGUAGCAGUUCAUUUUCAGUUUGUGUUUUGUUAAUUUACAUGUUCACUAAUUGCUCUGUAACAUAUGUUUUACACCUAUAUGGGAUUACAGUGAAAUUCUGGUGACUUUAAAACAUACUUUACACAGUAUGACAUGCACUGAUAAAUUAAUUUGAAACUUG